GACGCUAAAGCAGCAAAACUCCGGCGUCCUGUCUCCAUGCCAACAAGCGGGAAUAAGCGCGCGGAGGUAUUAGUGGGCGGGGCCGCUGGUGGCAGAGGUAAAGCCGUGACAGCAUGGAGAGAGCGGUGAGAAGAAGGGUACCUGGGAGUAAGCCUCCAAAGAACGUCCGUCCUGUAACAUACCGCGUGGGGUAUACAUGGAAUCGGGGAGGCAGGCUGAAAGAACUGCGUAUAAGAAAUCUGGCCAGAAAGUUCCUGCUUCUGUGGAUUAGAAAAACAUUUGGAAGAGUCCUUCCUUCCACUGCAAGGCUGCACCACUCCAGUUGGUUGUUGCGUUCAUGUUUUGACAAGUGGAAAGAGGAGUGGUGGGUUUUACGCAAGGAGUGGAGACUUGGUAUCCGAGCUGAAUGCCAUCACAGGUAUGUACUAUACAGGUUGUGUUUCCAGGCAUGGCAAAGAUUUGUGCUUACACAACGCAAAAAAAAGCAGAAGGACCAGGUUGCGGAGUGUCAUGCUCAGAAACAUGUGCUUUUUCAAGCAUUACAACGGUGGAUAAUCUAUGUAAGAAUCCAAAGGACUAAAAAGCAAAUGCUGUCUGAGGCGUUGGAGUUCAGGGGCGAAAGAGUUCUACGAAACUCUUGGAAGACGUGGACAUUCCAUUUUCAACAGAAAGAAAUGGCGCAUAAAAUGGAAACCCUUGCUUUAAAACAUUGGUCAUUCAGUCUGCAAUCCAGGGCCUGGCUGCAAUGGAAAGCAUUGUACUUUCACAUCCAAAUGGAGAAUGAAAGGGAAGAGCGAGCAAUGAUGCACCACCGGAGAUGGAAGCUCCAGGAAGUUCUCAGAGCGUGGCUGCUUUAUUUGUAUAAUCGUAGAGAGAAAAAAAGGGAGCAUAGGUUGGCCAUGGAUCUUUAUCAUAAACACCUGACCGGCAUAUAUUUUUCAUCGUGGCGAGGUGCCUUGGAGAGAGCUAGGAGUGUACACACUGUGGAAGAGCAUUGCGAGACCUUGGCUGGGCGCUGUGUUCUCAGAAGAGCUUUUAAUCACUGGAAGCAUUAUAUGCUAAUAUGUUCUGAGAAAUACCAUCUUUCGGAAAUUGCCCAGGCACAUGACAGGCGUCGCCUCCUGAGGUUUGGCUGUCACAUGCUGAAAGUCAAUGUCUGCCAGGUCCACGCAUCUCAACUGAGAAACCAACAAGCUGCCCAACAGUAUGAUGUGAUGCUCAUCUGCAGGUCUUGGAAAAUCUGGCAGUCCCGUUUGGAGCAGAAAGAAGAGGAGCAAAUCCGUCCCCUAACAAUGGCGGCACAUGCUCACUACAGGCAAACGUUGAUGCUGAAGUCUUUCAAUGCGUGGUUACAGUACAAGGAAAUACGACAAAUGAAACGGGUUCUACGUAGAGCUGCAGAUGAUCACUUUGCCAGGAGUACGUUGCCUCGCAGUUUCCAGCGGUGGAGAGAACAUCAGAUCAUUCAGAAGCAGAACAGGGAAAUGGAGGAACAGGCCACACAGUUUCACAGGUACUCUGUGCAAAGAUGGAUACUCUCCACCUGGUGUCAAAAACUGAACCAGCAGAGGGAAAAUCGCUUGUCUGAGAGAAUGGCUAUCCUACAUUGUAAUUGGAGACUCCUGGAGCAGCACUGGAUCAGGUGGAAGGAUUGUCUAGUGUCUGUCCUGGAGGAAAGAGAAGCUGACACUCUAGCUGUAGAGCAUUGUCGAAGAGCCCGACUCUCAAAGGCUUUACAAAUAUGGAAAGCAAACGUGUAUGAACUAAAAUCUGAUUUUCCAGGCUCGGUUACUCGGCUGGCAGGUUGUCUCAGUGGAUAUGACCAGUCUGUAGCUGUUAUUAGCCCGGUGGCCUUGGUGUACCAUCAGCAUGUUGUUUACUGUAGUGUAGUUAUCGGAAAUUUACAUGCGGAUUCACAUCUUGACAAAGGAGAAAGCAAAGCUGCACAGCCGAGCCCGUGCUUACGUUUAAAUCUGUGCCAUUUGUUGAUGAGUAAUGAAGAUACAUGCCCACAGCAGAUCACUGCUAAACCCCACACUGAUUUCCUUCACAAUGCGUUCACUUGUUUCUGUAUCAGAAGGGGCCGAGAGGAGGACGCCGUGCGUCAUCACUGCCAAUGCCGUGUACAGAAGGCCUGGCGCUGCUGGAGAAUGUUUGUGGCCUACAGGCUUCAGAAAAGACAAAGUCAACUGAGUGCAGAUCUAUAUCACCAGCAGCGCCUUCUAGCCCGGACUCUGGUGGCAUGGAAGCUUUGUUGCUGGAACUCACGGAAGAUAUUGCUUCAAGUGGAGGAGAAAAACAAGCAGCAUAAGGAUUCUCUCCUGAGAGCUUCGCUUUACACAUGGAGAAGGCACGCGGUAGCCCAAUCUGUGGAGAGAAGGCUGGAAGCCCAGGCUCUGCAUCAUUACAGGACCAUGAUCCUUAAACAGGUUUUGCACGCAUGGAGGGACACUGCGUGUAUGCAGGCACAUCGCAGAGCCCAGAAGGAUGAGACCCUGAGGGAGGCUGUUAAGAGUUUGCAGAGAGGAAGACUUUCCUUCUUAUUUCAUCGCUGGAUGGAAUGCAGCUGUACAGCUAAGGAACUAAGGCUUAAGAUGGAGAUGGCUGCAGAGUAUCACGCCAAAAAACUUCUGAUGAUAUGCAUCAAGAACUGGAAAUGUUACCAUGAUCUUUGCUUGAGGAAAACGCUGCUGCAGCGUCAGGAAGGCUGGUUCACGGCACGCAGACUUGGAAAAUUCAUCCUCGGACUGUGGCACCAAAGGCUGGUGGAAAAGCAAGAACAGGAUAAGAAGACAAUCCAAGCCUUGUGGCACUGGUCCCUCACGCUCCAAGGAAAGGUGUUUGAUGGCUGGGUGGCUUAUGUCUGGGAGCGUCGGAGAAAGAAGAGUCGUAUCAAUGAAGCAGUGGAUGUGUAUCGUACAGACCUUCUACGGGAAGGGGUCUCCAGAAUCUUGCACUACAUGUCUGACAUGAAACACUUAAGAGCUCAGAAGACCACUCAGUAUCAAGUAAAGGAAGUGUAUACCCUAAACCUCGCGGCACGGCACUGUGCCAUGGUUUGGAAGGAGAAAGUUUUCAAGAAGCGCACACAAGUCCCUCCAAAAAAAGUGACUUUCGACAUCCCUCCUUUCCAUGUACCACGUAAAAGUGACGUAAGCCACACAGUGCCACCAUCUGCACUCCAGUCUUCUUCUAGGGACAGGGAGCUUACUGCUGCACAGGGCAGCGGGGAACCCAUGCUGAGGUAUGUAAGCACAUUGCGGUCAGACAGGUUAAAACCCCGCACUCCGGAAUUUCUGCUACACUCGUUGGAGAAAGAGGGGCUGCUGGGAUCUGUGCUGAGUGACUGCACGAUGUCAGAUCAUGCAGAAACGGACUCCGUAUUGAAGACAGACUUGCGACCAGAACCUGCAAAACCAGAGCAGGGCAUCCCUAUUGUGCCCCCGUACCCUGUGUGUGGUGUAAGUAUCUGUCCUGCGCAGCCGCCUGCAGCCGUUAAGACCACCUCAGCUGAAGCAUCUAUACCUACCGUUGAUCUGAGCAGCCCACCUGCGGCACCUGUAUCUGAAGUAGCUCCUCACUCGAAACCACAGCCUUCUGCACCAAUUCCAGCAUUAAGGCCUCCUUCGUCUUUCACACCUCUGCCACAGAACCAGAUAUACCUGGUAAGUCAUCGCUUGUUAGCCAUUGACCAUAUUCACAUCGCACAAGAAAAGUCAGUGAACCUGUGUUGUGUAUACCAAAAGCAAAAGUUUCUCAAGAUCUCUAUUAUGAUUACUCUCCAUUACUGCUACAAUAUGCUGUUUAGGACUACUGCUGUUCCUCGCGGUGUGGAGCUGCCACGUCAUGAUUACUCCAAGAGGCUGCUGUCGCCAAGUGACUUCUUGCAUGGAUUAGACACGCAGGCAUUGACGUGCAGCAGUAAAGUGCUGGGGGAUCCAAUUUCUAAGCAUGCAGAAGUAGAAAGGAAGACUACAGCCCUGGAACAAGAACUCGCACACAUUCAACGGGCGAUGCAGCAAUACCACGAUGAGAAGCAGGAAUUAAAAUCUUUACGCAGACAUGCAGGAGUUCUGCGCAAGUGGCUAGACACCAGCGAUCCUCUGCUAAACCCUGAUGAACUACUGGUCACAGAAGAGGUGCAAACCGAGCUGCAGCAGCUGGAUUUGCAAAUCGAGAAGAUGGAACGCCGGAGAACUACAGCGAAAAAGACAAUUCAGGACUAUAUCAUUCGCACACAAGAAAUCAGGGAGGCUCUGGGUUCUUUACAAUGACCGAGUCAUUUUUCUCCAUUUAUAAUAAACUGUCCUAAAUAAAAUAAACAUUAACUUUUUUUUU